AUGGCCUCCUCUUCCGGGGGCUUCGAGGCUUUUGGCUCGUUCCACACACCGUCUACCGCCUUCUUAUUUGCCCAGAAUGAUGCAGAAUCAGAUGGCAAUAUGGUAUUUGAAUCAGAAGUUGCGUCGCAGCGUUUGCAGCUCCAGGACAGUUUUAUCAUGAAUGCUUCAAAUCGUUCAUUGUUUGCACUGGAUCUGAAGACGUGGACGUAUCUUAAUCACGGGGCGUUCGGUGCUCCUAUUAAAGUGGCAAUCGAAGCGGAACGUCAUUGGAGAGCUCAGGCAGACGCUCAACCGUUACAUUUCAAUGAUCGGGAGCUGUUCCCAUUGGUUGUGAGAGUCAUCAAAACUCUUGCGAAAUUUAUUGGCGUCUCUCAAUCGGAAAAGUUGAUGUUAUUAUCAAAUGCAACAGCGGGGCUUCAUUCAGUGCUAGCAUCUGUGUUGACAGGAAAAGAGCAGCAGACGGUGGUGCUCUUUAGCACGAGAUACGGCGCAGUACGGAAAAUGCUGCAAGCUUUGGAAGAGAAGACAACAUCGGUGCAUGUACAUGAAGAAGUCUUGUCUUUGGAAGAGUCUCUUGAUGACCAAAAGGUGCUGCAAAGAUUGGAGACAGCUCUGACGACUGUGCAAGCCUCUGGACGGCGAGUGACGCUGGUGGUGGUGGACCACAUCACUUCCAACACGGCCGUGGUCAUGCCGGUAAAAGACAUUGUGCAGCGCUGCCACGCACGAGAUGGCGGUAUUCCCGUGCUGAUAGAUGGAGCCCAUGCGUUGCUGAACCUGCCUCUUGAUCUCGAUGACUUAAGUGCCGAUUACUACGUUGGUAACUGCCACAAGUGGUUCUGUUCGACACGUGGUGCUGCUUUCCUGCAUGUUGCGAAAUCGAAUGGGCCACCUAUUCGACCUCGCGUGAUCUCGCAUGGAUUCUUCGACGGUAUGCAGAGUGCUUUUAUGUGGACAGGUUUACAGGAUUACAGCGCGUGGCUCGCACUGCCUCAGUGUCUUGCCUUUUGGCAGCGUCAAGGUGUCGAUGAGACUCGCAAAUACAUGCACACAUUGGCGCAGAAGGCUGCUGAGUUGUUGUACUCUCGAUGGGAGAUGACUGAUCACCUCGCCCGGGAACGCAAUUUCUCUCAGCAUAAAUGGCAUGCCAUGCGUCUCGUGCAGUUACCGACUUCACGUAGACUUUGUGGUGGAGUAGUGGUGGAUGAGGAUAACCCGAAGGCCACAUCGACAGAUGCCAAGCGUGUUCAGGACAGUCUUCACUAUCUUCACCACAUUGAAGUGCCUGUCAAAUGUGUCGAUGGCCGAUUGUACGUGCGUCUUUCAGCACACGUUUACAAUUGUCUCGAGGACUUUGAAAAACUAGCUGACGCCGCGGUGGAAAAACCUAGUUAA